GCUUUUUCCAUCUAGCUAGGGAUUACAUACUAGUGUCAUGACCUCCGAAACACUACUACCGGGCCAACCAGUCGCCCUACCCCUCGGUCCCUCCCCCACCCUCGGUGCUGGAUUGUAUGCCAAGGAUGGUCAUGUUAGGGCGAGUCUCGUCGGGGUACCUCGAUAUGAAGGACCUACGUUAGCAAUAUCACGCGCACGACCACACCCUCCAACUACGAAUUCGGUGGUUCUUGGAGUAGUCACGCGCUUGUCACCACUACAAGCUACUGUGGCCAUAUCCGUCGUGGACGGACUCCCUCUGCCCGCAGGCGAGGAAUUCACCGGAGUCAUACGAAGUCAAGACGUUAGGGCGACAGAGAAGGACAAGGUGAGAAUUGGGGAGUGUUUUCGUGGAGGAGAUGUCAUAAAGGGCACUGUAAUAUCUCUCGGUGAUGCUCGCAGCUACUACAUAACGACAGCUCGCAAUGACCUUGGAGUCAUCUUCGCGACCAGCGAGGCCGGUGCGUGACACCCAUUUUGUUUUUCACAUCCUCACAUGUUUGAUUAUUCCGCAGGAGCAACAAUGGAACCAAUGUCAUGGCAGGCGAUGAGGUGUCCGCGAACUGGCCGGAUAGAAAAGCGUAAAUGUGCGAAACCCGAAAACCUGUAGUACAAAUGUCGUGAGCACGAGCUUGAGCAAUCUGGUUGUCAGCAUUUAGCACUGAUCUAAACUUGCGCCCUACGUGGAUCAUGAAAAAGGAAAUUUCGCUUACAGCAUGCUGGAGUUAUAAGUGGAACAAUCCCUGGAUGUGUGGAUUAUCCAUGAAGCUACGGGUGGGACUCCUGACAUGAUUUUUUAUCUUGCGUUACCUGGGUUCAAACCCCCUUCGCAACUCUACAGCA